AUGACCUCCGACGAGUUGAAAAUGCAACGACCUUGGUUCGAGGCGUACCCGCCCCCAAAGAAUCUCCAGUCGAAGACUGUGACGAGGGACAUACUUCGGCAAUGGAUUCUCGAGGGGCAAAAAUCAGGCAAGAACUUCGUGGUUGUCGACGUCCGCCGCGAAGAUCACGAGGGCGGAACAAUCAAAGGCGCGAUCAACCUCCCAGCGCAGAGCGUAUACCCGUCUAUUCCAAGCUUGUAUACGCUAUUUAAGGCAGCAGGAGUUAAGAAGGUCAUAUGGACCUGCACCACGUCUCGCAAGCGAGGCAACCGUGUAGCUGGAUGGUUCGACGACUUCGUCAGAGAGAAGGGUGAUUCGGACAUCGAGAGCUAUGCGCUUUUUGAAGGACUCCUUGGUUGGGCCACCGCUGGCAAGGACUUUACUGAGCUAAUGGAAGAAUAUAACGAAGAGACGUGGCAUAUAGCUCAUUCCAACCACUGA